AUGAGGCACCUUGCUGAAAAUCUUAGUGUAAAUCAACACUGUAGAGAACAUCUUUAUCUAUUCUACGUUGUGGCAAAGGCUUAUUCUCUUGAUGAGUUUAGCAAGCAUUUUGCGGAAUUGAAGAAUAAUUGCCCUGAGGCAGCACAUGUCCUUGAAAAUGUGAUUGGAUUUGAGAAAUGGAGUAGAGUACACUUGCCGGGUAAUAAGUACGAUGUGAUGACCACAAACAUCACCGAGUCGCUCAACUCGAUAUUGACGGAUGAACAGGAGUACCCCCAUGUCAUACUAAGGGAUACUAAGAGUGCGAACGAUUCCUUGUAUGAGACUAAUGUAAAUGGGGGUCUCGACCAAUUCACCUUGUUUGGCAAUGGUGUUACUACCAAGGUCAAUCUCUUAGAGAGGAGUUGUUCUUGUAGGAAAUAUGACUUGGUGAGAAUGUCGUGUGAAUAUGCGAUGGCCGCUUUGCGAGCAAAGUAUGGUGAUGGAAAAGGCUAUGGUAACUCCAUCUAUGAGUACUCUUCAUCAAUUUAUAAAGUUGAAACUUACUUCAUCGCAUACUCUGGAGCUAUUAACGUUGUCCCUCCAGAGUUCGAAUGGAUUGUGAUAUAA